AUGCACAACAAGCGACGACCAAGUGUGAGAACACGUUUAAGACCAGAGGACGUCACUUGUUGGGUCGAACAUAAUCAAGGACAUCCGAUUACCGAGUCAUCACAUGUUCGAUUCGAGGAUAGGAAUUACAAAUUAGGUGAGUGUAGAGAUAUGAAAUGGUCCCACCUACAUUGUUCUCUCCCCUCACGUAUCCAAAUUCUUUAUUUUCAGAGGAUGAUGACAGCAUCGCUGACACUGAAAGUCUGACCGAAGAGCCACGUUACGCAGACGGUGGAUACGGAUGGGUUAUUGUAUUUUACAGCUUUUUAAUGCAUUUUAUUCUCGAUGGAACUUCAUUCAGUUUUGGUGUCAUUUUUCCGAAAAUUCAAAACAAAUACAAUUCGGAAAGAACUGGUGCUAGUUUGGCUGCUUCAUUUUUCUUAUCGUUUCCGCUGAUUUUUGGUCCAAUCGCCGCUGCAUUCACUGACGUUUUUGAAUGCAGAAAAACAAUUUUGGUUGGCGGUACAAUGUGUUUCAUUAGUUCAAUUUUGAGUAUUUUUUGCCCUGACAUUUAUUCAUUUUCAUUCAUUUUCGGAGCUGGAGCUGGAAUAGGUUUGUUUUGUUUUUAAAUGAUUGGAAAAAGGGUAUUUAUAAAAAACGUUUAGGACUUUCACUGGUUUAUAAUGCUGCAAUCGUCAGUGUAACUUAUUGGUUCAAUAAAAAACGGGCAGCUGCAACCGCAAUCGCAGUUUCGGGUACUGGAACGGGCACAUUCUCGUUCCCAUUCUAUUUGAGUUUCUUUGUUACUUUAUUUCAAGCUCAUGUUUCUGAAUUGAAUGCUCAAAUUCUUGCGCUCAUCGCGGGUUUUGGAGUUUGUAUUAUUAUUGGUCUUGUGAUUAGAGAUGUUGAAUGGUGUUCGGAUACAGAAGAAUUCAAAAAACGCAAAUUUGAACAUGAUGUUCGAAAAAUGUUGGAUGAACAAGAAACGUUAGCCGCAUCAAAAAAUGAGAAACCAUUUCGUCGCGCAAUUUCUCUUCCACAUAUUCCUCUCUCAUCAAUUUUCCGUCGACUUGGUGAAACUCAAAGUGUUCAAAGUAUCAGAGAUACAUGUGCUGAUGAACAACCAACUCGAUCGAAAUCUGUUGGAAUAUUCCUUCGUCGUGACACACUUCCAACUGUACCAGAAUAUAGUCUACUCAAUACUGGUUUGGAACAUCUGGAGCACCUUGAUCUUCACGUAAGUUUAUUGACUAUAUUUUCGAAGCAUAUGAAGUUUUUUUAGCUUUCUAAUUCGCCAUGCACAACAGUGAAAUCGAAUCGUAAAAGAAUGCUAACACUAAGUGUCGAUAGAAUCAAUGAAUAUGAAGACGGUGAAGAGGAUUUGAGAUUGUAAGAUUUUAACAAAACAUGUUUUCUUCAUUAUCUGAAAAUUUUCAGGAAUCUUCAUAGUCGUUCAACUCAAUCAACACAACAUCGUGACCCGGAUUCUCGUAAAGUUUCAGAAAUGAAUGAAGAAGAUGACAGUGAUUCAAGCUCCGAUUCUGAAGUUUCAAACGAUGGCGAUUCAUCAAGUUCAGAAAUCUCAGAAAAUGUUGAAAAAUUGCUUGUUUCACCAAAAGACAAUGCCCUCAUCAUUCGUAAAACCAAUGGAACACUUGGUAUCACAUCAGUUCCAACAUCAGCAAGAUUUGCUCGCAGUUCAUUGGCAACUGGAACAACUGGAAUGAAUGCUGGUCGUAUAAUUGCGUCAAAUGCUAUUCAACCAAGAAGUUCGCGGAUUCCAGCAAAUUCAAAUCUUUUGACGAUGGGAAAAGUUCCAUCGGCACCACAAUUGGCUGCGAGAAAAAAACGAAGAACAUUUUUCUCCAGAAAGAAGCAUGCGGUUAGUUGUAACCUUUUUUCUGAUAACCAAUCUCAAAUGUUUUUCAGUCAAUCAAUUAUAUCAGUAACGAGAUAGAAUGCUACAAAAGUCUAUUCAGACAUGCUUCAUUCUGCUAGUAAGUUUUAUUAAAGUAUUUCAAAAAACAAUAAAAUCAAUUUCAGUAUGCUUGGCUCAUCAUUUUGCCUAUAUUUAGUUCUUGAUGUUCCAUAUGUAUACUUCUUCGAUCAUUCCGUGAAUAAUUUGGGAAUCGACGAAUCUAGUGCUGCUUGGAUAACAUCAACGAUUGGAGCUUCAAAUGUGGUUGCAACUACUUAUUUUGGUUUUAUGGGUGAUCAAGAACGUUGGAGAGAUGUAAGCGUUUAUCCAAAAUUAAAACUAACUGAAACAUUUCCUUUAGCGUCUACUUUACAUUUACUCCUUCAUUUUAUUGGGUGUAGCGGUUUCAAUGUUUGCUGCAGCUGUUGUUGGAUCAUUUUGGGCAAUGAUAGGAGUUGCUUGUUUAUUUGGUGUCAGUGUUUCUGUAAAUUAUGUCUUGCAAAGUAUUUUGUUGACAAUUUUGUUCGAGGACAUCAGUUUGUUUCAAGGAACUUAUGCUUUGACUUCGCUGGUUGAAGGAAUUGCAUGUUUCUUGGGUCCUUUAAUCAUUGGUUAGUUUGUUUUUCUCAAGCAGUUUUGAAUAAUUAGAAAACAACAUUAUUUUCAGGAUUUGUUCGGGAUACGUUGGGCUCAUAUAACAUGGUAUUUUAUUGUGCUGGUGUUAUUGCUACCCUCAGUGCAUUUUUGGCUUUCAAAUCAGCUCAACAUCAUCAAUUGGAACUUGAAGCCGAAGAAGAACUCGAAAGACAAGAAUCCACAAGAUCAACGUGAGUUUUUUUUAGUUUUCAAAAAAAAUUUCAUUAGGAAGUGUUUGAAGAAAAUUUUAAACUUCAUUAAAGAGAAAAUAUUGUAUAAAACAUCGUUUUCAGAAAACAUGUAAAUAAAAAAUGUAAAAAGUGAGUCUGUGUGACACUAACUUUUGAUUUUUCACUAAAAUUCUUGUUUUCAUUCCCUCUAUUUCUAACAGUUUUGAAUAUAUGAAUAAUUUUAAAAACAAAAUGGUUUAUAGACACUUUCGGGAGAAUGUUCAAACAAAAGGAACCCUAUUUGUUCUUCAAAACUCGACAAUUUCAAAAAUCUGGAAAACACUUUCCGGGUUGGUUAUCCAACCCAAAUAUUUUUCUUGACAUCAAAUAAACAUUAUUUUAUUUCAGAAAUUCUUCAAGACCAAUUCAAAAUGGAAAUAAUGGAAUUCCUGAAGCUGAUAAUUUGUUACGAAAAGUAUAA